AUGCGCCCUACUAAAGGUGGCUGUGGGGGUGGAGGAAAUGGAAGCGUUCCAUUUUCCACAGAUUUUUACUCAGGAGCAGGUGGUGGAGGUGCGACCACAAUUUACUACCAAACUAAUUCCCUCGAUGGUCGAAUCUUGGUAUCGGGCGGUGGUGGGGGCUUUCAAGGCUAG